AAGUCGGCGCCCGCCGCGGAGAAGAAGGUGUCCACGAAGGGCAAGGGCAGGAGGCACAUCUUCAAGCUGAAAAACCCCAUCAAGGCUCCCGAGUCUGUAUCCACUAUAAUUACAGCAGAAUCAAUCUUUUAUAAGGGUGUAUACUAUCAAAUUGGAGAUGUUGUUUCAGUGGUUGAUGAACAGGAUGGAAAAACGUACUACGCUCAGAUCCGUGGGUUUAUUCAGGACCAAUACUGUGAAAAAAGUGCUGCGCUCACCUGGCUCAUUCCUACACAAGCCAGCCCCAAAGACUGCUUCGACCCAGCAUCCUAUAUCAUAGGACCAGAAGAAGAUCUCCCAAGAAAAAUGGAAUAUUUAGAAUUUGUUUGUCACGCGCCUUCAGAAUAUUUCAAGUCUCGCUCAUCUCCCUUCCCUACUGUUCCUACAAGGCCAGAGAAGGGCUAUAUAUGGACUCAUGUGGGACCUACUCCUGCAAUCUCCAUAAAAGAAACUGUUACCAAUAAUUUAUAACUUUUUUAAGGAAUACUUUGGACAAGCUACUUUGGGUGUAUUCUCAGGUCUGUGAGCCCCAUACAAGAGGUUUAAACAGGCUAUAAAACGUGCCAUUUUACUUUAUGGAUUAUGGUAUUUAUUUGUUUUAAAUUAUAUCAGAUCUUUAAAGUGGAAGUUUUCAUUCCAGAUGAUGCACCAGUUCAGUGCUCUGUUCUUCAGACAUUAUUGCUCAUUUUAGGGACAAACCCACAAGUUUCAUGUCAUCUUUGACUCCUGAAAGUUGCCUUUAGUGUUCUUACUUUCUGUUUUCCAGAAAAGGAGUUAAAAAACAAUCAUCGUCCAGCACUUUAUAUACUUGCUUAAUUUAGUUAACUGCGACUGCAGUUUUUAUUUACUUGUUAAAUAAU